UGGAAGUGUAAGCAGCAGACAAGAAAAUAAUGUCAAAAAAUCAGACACUUUUAUUAUUUUUGUUUGGUGUGCUGAUAGGCUUCUGCUUAUCAGUUGUGGUUUUAUACCCUAAAAAGCUUAGUUUUGCAAUAUCGAAUAAUGCUUAUGCAAAAAAAGGUGAAAGAAUCGUGUUUCAGUCAAAGUAUAAUGAAGAUCUUGCUGAUAAAGUUUUCAAUGACGUUAAACUUUUAUGUUGGAUUAUGACAACACCAGAAAAUCAUCAAAAGAAGGCAAUUCAUGUGAAAAAUACUUGGGGAAAAAGAUGCAACAAGCUCUUGUUUAUGAGUAGUGUAGAAGAUGUCGAAAUCGGAAGUGUAGCAUUGCCAAUCAAGGAAGGUCGAUCAACAUUAUGGGACAAAACAAAACAUGCAUUUAAAUACAUUUACGAUCAUCAUUUCGACGAAGCUGAUUGGUUUCUGAAAGCUGACGACGACAAUUACAUGUUUCCUGAAAACAUUCGUUACAUGUUAUCACAAUAUCGACCACAAACUGCCUUCUACUUCGGACAUCGUUAUGCUACGGAACAUGUGGAAGAAGGUUACAUGGCUGGUGGUGGUUACAUUCUUUCCAAAAAAGCUGUCGAGAAAUUUGUCACUCAAAUUAUGAUGAACAAAACUAUUUGCAGCAGUAGAGAUUCAGGAGCUGAAGAUCUUGAAAUGGGAAGAUGUCUGCAGCAUUCAACAAUCUUCGUAGAUGAACGUGAUGAGAAUAAUCAAAAAAGAUUCUUUCCAGCUGGAAUAAGAGAUCAUUUAAAGAAGAAAGUUGAUCUUACGUAUUGGUAUGAUUAUAGUCGAUACUAUGAAGUAGCACAAGGAAGCUUAGAAUGUUGUUCUGACCUUCCUGCGGGUUUCCAUUAUGUGAAUCCUAACGAAAUGUAUUUUAUCGAUUAUCUUGUUCGUCGAGUUCAUCCUUUUGGACUCUUAAGGAACAAUUCAGAAACACUUCCAAGAAAAUUAAAAUUAAAAGAAAUUCUCAGAGCUUCUGAUCAAGAAAGUCCAUCAAUUAAAUUUAAAAAGCACAACAUUAUUCAUAUUUUAGAAGAGUCAGAGAAAUAUGUGAAGAAAUAAAUUAAUUUUAUUGUUGAUAAGACUUUAACUUUCUGAAUUAAGAUAGUGGAUAUCGAUAAACGACUACAAUAGUGAUAGACACAAAACAUCUGUUUAAAUAAUGCUAAACUCAUUUCAAUGUGUUGAUGAAAAUUAUUUUAAAUGUAGUUCGAUUAGUAGUUGUUUCGGUAUGUCGAAAAGGGGAACAAUAUUUCUAAUAAUUGGAAUCAUCGGUGGAUUUUUAAAUUUUUAUGUGAUAUUUAAAUGUUUAUUUAAAAUACAAAAUCAAUUUGCUUCCCGAAAUCAUCCACACUAUGAAUAUAACUUAGAAUAUAAUGAAACAAUUUCUAAGAAAUUGUUCAAGGAAGUCAGAAUUUUAUGCAUGAUUCUGACACAUCCUGAAAAUCACGAUUCUCAAGCAAUAACUGUUAAAAGAACUUGGGGAAGACGUUGCAACAAAAUAGUUUUUAUAAGCACAGAAGAGGAUAAAAGAAUUGGAUCAAUUGCUGUUGAUGUUGAAGAAGGAAGAACGAUGCUUUGGGAUAAAACAAAAAAAGGGUUAAAAUAUGUUUACGAUCAUCAUUUUGAUGAAGCUGAUUGGUUUAUGAAAGCCGAUGACGAUACUUAUGUAUUGAUGGAAAAUCUUCGUUACAUGUUGUAUCAAUAUCGUUCUCAAACCGCACUUUACUUUGGUCAUCGCUUCACACACGGUUAUAUGGCGGGAGGUGCUUACGUUCUUUCAAAAAAGACCCUUGAGAAGUUUAUUACUCGACAACUAACAGAUCCAUCAGCUUGUAAGCAAGAAGGAGCUGGAGCUGAAGAUUGGGAGUUGGGGAAAUGCAUCGCGACUCAUUCAAUUCUUGUUGAUGAACGUGACGAUCAAAAGCAGAAAAGAUUUUUUCCUGUCAGUUUAUUACAGCAUGUUCAGGAAAACAAAGAUCUUACUUAUUGGUAUUACACUUCGCAAUUUUAUGAAGUCGAACAAGGAAGUUUAAAUUGCUGUUCAGCACUUCCAAUAGCAUUUCAUUACAUUAAUUGUCAUGAAAUGUACUUAGUCGAAUAUCUGACAAGAAAAGUGCAUCCGUUUGGCAUUCAUUCGACUAUUGACUUAACUCUGCCUCGAAAACUAACUUUUGAAGAAAUACUUUCCGCUUCUGAUAUUAACAGUACUGCUAUCCAAUAUCAAUAUAGAAAAGUUGAGCAUAAUUUUGAUAAGAAUGAAAAAUUUCGAAGAAAAUAA